CUCCCUCAAACGCUCCCUGUGCUCGCAGGGCAGUCUCCUCACGCUCUCCAAUCUCCCUGCAAUACUUCUUCGGCCUCAACUCUCUUUUCUACCAGCCGUGGUCCCUUGAAACCGAUCCCAACAGCGGCUGCGAUCCACAUCCACCUCCUCGGAGCAUGGCCACUGUAUCCUAACGACCCGCCAAUGGCUGCUACGAGCACUUUUACAACUGACGAACUCACGACUUAGAUUAUCUUUCGUCUUGACCAUCUUUCAUCUUCCUACGCACAAUGUCGUCCACGGACGUAUCAGCUCGAGCCACCUCCACAGAUGCCAUGGCGGGCAAUGCAGGGGCGGCUCAGGCGAAUCAGAACCAAAGUAUUGAGAACUUCGCCGCUUCUCUAUCAACAGCUGCAGUCAUCUUUGGCGUGCAGAUACUUGCAUUCCUGCUUCUGAGUGGCAAUUGGAAGCUUCGAAAAUCCAAGACGCAACCAGGCACGCGGACGGAGCGUCAGAGUCUCUUCCAUAAAAUAUAUUACUACAAGGCCGCCUUCGUCUCCAAGAGUAAACGAAUCAAAGAACCCACCACUGCCAUCGAAUCGUUCAGGAAUGUCUUCACAAUUAGCGAUCGCGAGCUUAUUCGCGUUGCCGGUGUGGAUGGCUAUCUCUUCCUACAGUACCUACAACUCUUACUGAGGAUAUUUAUCCCAAUGGCUUUUGUUAUCCUCCCCGUGCUUCUACCGGUCAAUCGCGUUGGCGACGUGCCAGGGGUAUCAGGGCUGGACUCCUUCUCUUGGCCGAACGUUGGAGUUCCCCAGAAGGUUAACCGGCUUUGGGCGCACCUGGUACUCGCUGUAUGCGUGAUCCUCUGGGUGUGCUACCAAUUCUAUCUAGCUCUGAGGAAAUUUGUUCGUCUGCGACAGACCAUCCUCACCAUGCCUGAGCAUCGAAUCAGGGCUUCUGCGACCACAAUUCUCGUCCAAACCAUACCUCGUAAGUGGCUUACCGUUGCGGCUCUCGAUGCACUCUACGACGUUUUCCCUGGUGGUAUCAGAGAGAUAUGGAUCAACAGAAACUUCGACGGCCUACAGGAAAAAGUUGACAAAAGAACGAAGAUUGCCCGGACACUUGAAUCUGCGGAGACAAAUCUCAUCAUCGAGUGCACGAAGAAGCAUAUGCAGAUGGAAGCCAAGAGGCGGAAAGCAGCAGGUAUUAAGAAAUCAAAGAAGGAGAAAAAGCAUGAUGAAGACUUGCAGAAUCAAGACAUCGAGCAAACAAUCGAUGAACCAGGCAUGAGUUCUGGAAACCCGCAUCAGAUCGAGCAAGCUCUUCAACAGGUGCUAAAAGAAAGCUCUCUAGGGUCAUCAUCAUCAUCAUCAUCCUCUCGCUCCUCAUCCCCUGAUUCAUACCGUAAACGCACGAGAAUACCGAUUGUCGGACAGGGAAUUCAGGCAAUGGGUGAAGGGUUCCGAGAUGUCGGUCAUGGGGUAGGAAAGAUCGGAACUAAGAUGGUUGGUGGAUUCAGAGGAGCCUUUGGUGGUAAACACGAAGGUCAGGGCCCACAGCAGCUUGAUGGGCCCGACGAUCGGCCAUUAUCCUCUCCCAUAUCUGCUGAAUAUAGUCAACGGGGAGCUAGCACUGACACUUAUGCGCCAUUGAAUGGCUCGACGAAAGACCAAUAUGACAAAGAAGGGACAGCCUCGGAGCCCAAUUCCCCUCAAUCAACGGAGAAGCCACAACUACAGGCUCCGACAAUGUCGAAGACUGAUCCCCUCAAGAUGUUGAAGAAGUCGCCGCUGAAUCCGGUCAGGAGGAUCAGCGAUUUUGCAAGCCCGCAGCCUUUCCAUGCCGAAGGUGAGCAGUUUCCUUUGGAGGAAGAAGAAAAGAAACAGGAUGUCACCUAUGACCUCACUGGGAUCUACAAGGAAGACUCCGCAGAAGAUGGCGAGGAUGCACUCUGGAGGCAAUAUAUAAAGCCCAAGAGUCGCGAAACUAUGAGAGUCCCUCUGUUCGACAAGACAUGGUGGCCUUCACUACCCCUCAUUGGGAAGAAGGUUGACACGAUCUAUUACUGCCGUAAAGAACUUGCGCGUCUCAAUCACGAGAUUGCAGAUGACCAAGCUCACCAGGAGCGGUUCCCUUUGAUGAACUCGGCAUUCAUCCAGUUCAAUCAUCAAGUAGCGGCGCAUAUGGCAUGCCAGUCUCUCAGUCAUCAUAUUCCACGGCAAAUGGCACCCCGCACAGUUGAAGUAAAUCCAAAUUACGUUUUGUGGAACAACCUCAGUAUGGAUUGGUGGCAUCGUUAUCUUAGGACCACCAUCGUCGUCAUUGCUAUUGUUGGCCUUGUCAUUUGUUGGGGUAUUCCCGUCUCGUUCACUGGAGCCUUGUCCCAGAUCUCGACGCUGAGCAAAACUCGUGGCCUCGGCUGGCUAGCAUGGCUGAACACUCUUCCGGGUUGGCUCAUAAGCUUUAUCCAGGGUGUGCUUCCACCAGCAUUCUUGGCUCUCUUGUUUGUGGUUCUUCCAAUCCUCCUGAGAUUCAUGGCCGAAUUGACGGGAGUUACAACUGCUGGAGAGCGAGAACUUCUGGUUCAGAACUUCUACUUCGCCUUCGUCUUCAUCCAGCUCUUCCUUGUUGUAUCUAUCUCUACCGGCAUAUCCGCAACCAUUGACAAGUUAGUCAACAAUCCGCUCAGUGUCCCCCAGACGCUUGCACAAAACUUGCCGAGGUCGGCCAACUACUUCUAUUCCUACAUGAUACUACAAGCGCUCAGUAUCAGUUCUGGAACCCUCCUACAAAUCGCUGCCGUCGGUAUCUUACUGAUUAGCCGCUGGAUCGACACAACACCACGACAGAAGGUUUCAAGGAUUCUUAGCAGACCAGGCAUCAACUGGGGAAAUAUGAUCCCCGUCUACACGAACAUCGGUGCUAUUGGUUUGAUCUACUCUGUUGUGUCGCCACUUAUCAUGAUCAUGAUGUUGAUAACCUUCGGCCUCUUCUGGUUUACCUAUCGCUACCAGAUGAUCUACGUUUCGUAUGCGAAGGCGGAGACGAAUGGACUAAUAUUCCCGAAAGCAAUCAACCAGCUCUUCACUGGACUGUACUUCUUGGAACUCUGCUUGAUUGGGCUCUUCUUCAUCCAAGAUGGGCCUCACGGGGGCACACCGUGUUUCCCACAGGGCAUCAUUAUGAUCGUCAUGGCAGGAUUGACCGUCUUAUACCAGAUCCUAAUCAACAGAGCGUUCGGGCCACUAUUCAAGUAUCUGCCAAUCACCUUUGAGGAUGAUGCUGUGCGACGAGAUGAGGAGUUUCAGCGCGCUCAAGCCAGCCGCUGGCAACCGAAAGGAGAUGACGAACACCGGUCCCUCAACAGCGAACUCGAGGCGCACGAGAAGGCUGAGAAGCGCGAAAGCCAGCUUCUCGAAGAGGAGGAUCGUCGUGCAUCUAAGGGAUAUCACCCCUCGGAGUCCAUUGAGAUGAAGCGCAUGGGCGGUCGUCGACAAAGCGAACGACUUGAUGCAAACGAGAGCUCAGAACGCCCUCACAAGCAAAGCUGGGCCAACAGAUCUCGUUCCCGCUCCCAAUCUCAAUCAUACCGUAACUCCGAAUCCCACCAAAAAUAUAAGAAGGGAAAGCACAAUGUUAACCCACUUAACGCCGUCACCAACGUUCUCAAGUCUGGCCUUGGUGAUGUGGCUGGGCCGAUCCGUGACAUUGAAGCGCAGACUAUGCCUUCUGCCUAUCUCUUUGACAACAUCGACGACACUCUCGAAGAUAUCGAGCCAGAUGCUAGACAGAAGUUGAUUGCUCGAGCGUUCCAGCACCCAGCUACCCGCGCUAUCCAGCCUGCUAUCUGGAUUCCGCAUGAUGAAUUAGGUGUGGCGAAGGAUGAGAUUUCGCGGACGUCAAAGUUCAGCGAGAAGAUUUGGAUUACUAGCGUCAAUGCGAGAUUGGACGCGAGUGGGAAGGUUAUGUAUAAAGGACUGCCACCGGAUCGGGAUCCGUUUGAGAACAUUGAGGUGUAAAUAUAUGACACAGAGGCCUGAGGAAACGGUUAGGGAGGGGUGUUAGGUUUCCCCUGUCUCCUGCAUUUGCUUUACCUGUGGCAUGGCGUUUGUAUUUUUCCUUUUGAGCGUUGCAUAGCUUGGCGGCAUGAUUUGUAUAUGGAGAUCCCCGUCUCUAGUGCUUUUCCUUUCACUUUUAGUAAGUGAUAGAGGAUGGAAGAUAUCUAUGAUUCUCUUUCUUAAUUUUGCUUCAAGGACAAGGUAGCGUGCAUUCUAGAUG